UAUAUUCAAUUUGAAGCCUCUCAAAACUUAUAGCGUCGAGCUGCCAGUUUGAAUUUCGUGGGCACUGACAGUUACAUAAUAAUAACAAUAUCAGUAAAAAGAGGUUGGGUUUCAUGUUAUUGUUUUGUUUACACACGUGGUGCAAAAUAACUCUAUAUAUAUUAAUUCAUUAGUAAAAUUCCUAGUUAUUAUAUAAUUGACAUAUUUAUAAAAUGAACCAAUGAACUCAGUACCUGGACCGUCAACAUGCAAUCAAACAUUAAAUAAUUUAAAUGUCAAACAAAAAGGAAUUCCUAACCACGUGCUAGAAAAAUUAUCCGAAGAUUUUAAAAGAGAGCAAAAAUUUACAGAUUCAUCACUCCUGAGUCUUUAUUCAGCAUUUGGCGAUGUAUUUGACAGAGCACUUAAUUUAUAUGAAUCAAGUAAAAUAAGUAAAAUAGUAGCCGUUGAUUCAAAUGCUCACGGUGUUUGGAAAGAAAUAGAUGCUGGCAGAUGGUUGAUUGAAGUACAAGGAUUCUCUGGUGAAGCUUACAUUCUAUUUCCUAACAUAAAUUACUGUCAAUGUGCAGCAUUCAAGUACCAAGUACUAAGAGAUCAGUCUGAUCGAACAUGCAAACACGUGCUGGCUGCUUGGUUGGCAAGUCUUGAGUCAAAUAAAAUAAUUGAAAAACAGAUAACCCGGGAACAAUUCAAAAAUUUAUUACUGUACCAAGUUUUAGAAAGACAAUAA